CCUGUGUGUGUCUGCGGGGGUGUUCCGCUCUCUAUCGGCUGUGAUUUCUGGCUUCCUGGGGAGCCAAGCUCAAGGGGAAGCAUCUGAGGCAGGGGUCCCCACCUUGGCUGAAGGGAGCGACCAGGCAGGCAGGCAGGCAGGCACAUCCUGGGGUUGAACGGAGAGACAGUGAGCCGUGAGAGUCGAGAGGGGUGGGCCUGGUGCAGAGGGCUGGACGGAGCCUCCAAGGACAGAGGAGGGGGCCUAUGGGGCGCUUACUGGGAGGGCAGGACCCAGGCCAGACAGAAGCCCAGAAUGAGGGGCAGGAACUGGGAAGACGGACAAAGGGACAAUUUAGAAGUAAGUGAGCAAAACUGAGGUGGAACCAGGAUUUAUUCUGGGGGUUAGUAGGGUGGCAGCCCAGCCCCUGUGGGGCAAGGCUUGAGAUCUGGAGGGCCCAGGCCUCUUGCCUGCCCACCAGCUGGCAGAGGCCACCCUAUCCCUGGACACCCAGGAAAGGAGGCCAGUGAGGGCCCUCCAGGUGGACAGGGCUGCCUCAGCAGCAGACGGCAGGUAUGAGGAAUCAGCCCUGGGCUCAUGUUGUCUUCCCACUCCCCCAGCAGGGGUGCUGCAUGAGGGGCCGCAGGGGUGACCGCAUGACCAUCAACAUCCAGGAGCACAUGGCCAUCAAUGUGUGCCCUGGGCCCAUCCGGCCUAUCCGCCAGAUCUCAGACUACUUCCCCCGGCGGGGACCAGGACCCGAAGGGGGUGGUGGAGGCUUCCGGGAGGCCCCUGCUGGUCUGGCCCCCCUGGCCCUGGCCCCCCCUGUGGCCCUCCUUGGGGCUACCACUCCCGAGGAUGGAGCUGAGGUGGACAGCUAUGACUCUGAUGAUACGACUGCCUUAGGCAUGUUGGAGUUUGACCUUCUUUAUGACCAGGCCUCCUGCACGCUGCACUGUAGCAUCCUCAGGGCCAAGGGCCUCAAGCCCAUGGAUUUUAAUGGCCUGGCCGAUCCCUAUGUCAAGCUGCACCUACUGCCUGGAGCCUGCAAGGCCAAUAAGCUCAAAACCAAGACUCAGAGGAACACACUGAAUCCCGUGUGGAACGAGGACCUGACGUACCGUGGGAUCACAGACGAUGACAUCACCCACAAGGUGCUCAGGAUCUCCGUCUGUGAUGAGGACAAGCUGAGCCACAACGAGUACAUCGGGGAGACCCGCGUGCCCCUCCGCCGCCUCAAGCCUUCCCAGAAGAAGCACUUUAAUAUCUGUCUUGAACGCCAGGUCCCGUUGGCCUCACCCUCUUCCAUGUCGGCGGCACUGAGAGGCAUCUCCUGUUACCUGAAGGAGCUGGAGCAGGCGCAGCAGGGAUCGGGGCUGCUAGAGGAGCGUGGCCGUAUCCUGCUGAGUCUCAGCUACAGCUCCUGGCGCCGGGGGCUGCUGGUGGGCAUUGUGCGCUGUGCCCACCUGGCUGCCAUGGAUGUCAACGGCUACUCAGACCCCUACGUCAAGACGUACCUGAGGCCAGAUGUGGAUAAGAAAUCCAAGCAUAAAACGUGUGUGAAGAAGAAGACCCUAAACCCAGAGUUCAAUGAGGAGUUUUUCUAUGAGAUAGAGCUCUCUGCUCUGGCUACCAAGACUCUGGAGGUCACAGUGUGGGACUACGACAUUGGCAAAUCCAACGACUUCAUUGGUGGCGUGUCACUGGGGCCAGGCGCCCGGGGGGAGGCCAGGAAACACUGGGGCGACUGCCUGCAGCAGCCGGACAGAGUCCUGGAGCGCUGGCACACCUUGACAAGUGAGCUGCCCCCGGCAGCCGGGGCUCUCCCCUCAGCCUGAGCAUAGCUGCUCCCAAUACUUGGCUGGGCGGCCCAGCAGAGCCCUUGGGGCUGCGUCCAGCACCCGACCUUUGCACGAGUGUGUUGCACGUUUACACGGGGUGGGGUGUGCCUGCCCGGCACUUUCUGUCUUACUUUGUGAGAAUCUCCGUGACCUGUGGGCCUGUCUUCCUUUGAGGGACUGUGGAGAUCUAUAUUCACAUAUGCAAACUUCCUCCUGCCUGACUCGCUAUGAUACGCAAAUAUGCAAGCCACCCCUCCUGGCACCUGUGCAGGAGGAGUCCUGCCAGUGCCCCCUGCCCUGAGGCCCGCUGCCCACUCCUCCCUC